AUGUCGGGCGCCCCCGUGGUCGUCGUCGAUGGAACCGCCGUGGAUGGAACGCACCCCGCGAGCCCCUCGGACUGGCUCAAGACCCUGCCCCAGCUCGGAGCUUACACCACCGGCCGCACGCGCGGGGGCGGCGCGAAGGUGGCGCAGUGGAGCUCGCACGUCGCCAGGCUCCGGUCGUCGCUCGCGACGCUGACGGCGACGACGUUCGAGUCGGACGGCGAGGUGGCGGCGCUCAUCGAACCUUCCGUGCGAAGAGUGCUCGCGGAGUGCGUCGAGCGAAACGUGGCCGGUCCCCCCGACGAAGGCGCCGACCGCGGAGAGCUCAUGGUCGUCAUCGCCGUGUGCGCAUCCGACGGCGGCGGGUGGACGACGCACGCGCACGCGACGCCGCUCCCACGAUUCGACCGCGAACCCACGACUGUACUCGUCGCCGCGCCCGCGCUGCGCCAGACGAGACCAAACGCCAAAGACGUCGCGUGGCCGGCGACUCGCGCCGUCUACGACGAGCUCAAGACGCGAAUGGCUCCCGACGGCAUCGGCGAGAUCAUCCUCACCCCGGACGGCGGAACGACGCUGCUGGAGGGAUUGACGACCAACCUCUUCGUGGCGCGAACGCGGGUGGACAUGCCGUAUCACGGCGUCGCCGACGCGAAGAGCUCUGUGGAGUUGGUGACGGCGCCGCGUGACUCGGUCCUCCCGGGUCUGGCGCGCGACGCCGUGAUUCGGGCGAGCGCGGCGGAGGGUUUACCGGUGAGGGAGGAGCCGGUGCUGGCGUCCGACGCGGACUGCUGGACGGAGGCGUUCCUGACCAACGCGGUUCGGCUGGUGCAGCCGGUGCGGGAGGUGCGGUGGGGGUCGAGCGACGGGAAUUCGAGUGACGGGGCGCGGGAGGAACGAUUCCUCCCGGAUCCGUGGGGCUCGAUAUCGAACAGACUGUACAGGCGGAUCGUCGCCUCGUUGGACGACGACCUAGGACCAUAG